UAUGUGUUAGCUAAUUUGAUUGGAUAACAACUCCCAGGCCGGAAGUUGAUCCGGAGAAAUCUUUAAAUGUUGGAAUGGUAACCAUGAACAACACAAAGUAACUAUGGACAUUGUUGAUGAUGUGGUUGGCUAUCUGCGUGCUCUAUUACUAUACAUGGGCUUCGACGUAAACAACUUGGGGCAGAUAUUUGAGCCGUUGCCCUCACGUAGAAACAACAUCCGACACAGGAGUCUGGUUCGUAGGAUAGGUAGCAGACUUCCUCUCCUGCCUGCCAGACGCAUUCAUGUGCAAAGCAUCCUGCUGGGGUCCCAGGGUACCAGAGAGAGGAACAAUGAGAGCUUCUGUAGCGAGUUCUCCUAUGUAUCCAGUGGAGGGGAGAACUUGAUGUGGGUGGAGGAAGAUCUAGGCAACAACUGCAUCAUGGUUAGACCCAGAACCAAGCAUUUGGAUGAUCUCAAUGAGCCGGCAGGCAUCUCUCCAAGUUUCCACAUAGACGACCUAGAUGACGGAGCCUUCCACCCAAUACUCAGAGCGGAGACGGUGCGGUCCUCUACGCCAUACGAUGUGUCGGCCUGCUCUAUGUCGGCGCUGUCCACCACUGACCCGUUCACGCAGCAGAAGAUCCAUGCCCUGGAAGAUGAGCUGGCGGCACUGAGGUCACAGAUUGCUAACCUGAUUAAGGACCAGGAGAAAACUAGGCAGCCUCCAAUUCCAUUCCCAGACGUGUGUGCUAGCGGCCCCCUGCCAGCCCCUAUGGGGCCCCCUCCAGCCUGCCCACCACCACGCCCCCCUCCUCCCCCACCCCCUCCCCCUCCACCCAGCACGGGAGGCAUCUUCAAGGCUCCCACUCCUGGACUGUCUCUGGCAGACAUGAUCAAACAGAACAAGGACAUGUUGUCGUCUGCUGGGACAGGAAGUGCUGACAGCAAGACGUCUGGUCCCCUGUCCAUGACAGACGUCCUCAAGGGGCUGGGAACCGUAAAAUUGAAGGCCAUACAGAGGUCCCCGGGUGGCACCCCCUUGAAGACCAGCAAGCCCAAGCUGGCAGAGCAGUACGACCCGGCCAGCCUAAUCACAGAGGCUCUCAAGAAGAAGUUUGCCAGCCGUAUGCUGCACAGCCCACGGAGUCCGGACACAGACAAGGAGAAUGACUAUGAUAGCCCAGACAGUCCCAGAGCACCGUUUGGUCAACAUGUGCUGAAGAAGACCAAGAAGAGGUCACUGCUGUUCCAUGAGCGCCGUAACAGUGCCAGUCCACUCAGUGAGCGGAACCAGUGAGACAUUGGGGGCUGAACAAGUGAGCCACGUUCUGGGAAAACAGGGCUUAAUGCGUGUUUGUUAAGUAUCUUCCAAGAUUAGCCUGUGCAGCCUUCAUAGGUUAAUCAGGGAUGACACUUUUAAAGGAGGAUUAUUCUAAGCAAUAAUCCAGUCUAGGUGGAAAUUGUCCUCCCUGAUUAGAAUGGGACGACAUUUUACACGCAGGCAUUGAGCCUUGUUUUACCAGAGCGUGGCUGCAGUGAUACUGUAUACUCAAACCUGUGAUCUGGCGUAUACUUCUACAUAACCUGUUGGCUGGAGAAUCUGUGUACUAGACAGAAAGCCCAGGUCUGUAGGCCGAGAGCUGUCAGCCAAACUAGCCAUACAACCCUCUCAGUUUGGGUUGCCACGAUGGUUAUUACCUAGAAUGCUAAUGCAAUAACCAUUUCUGUGUUGUUUUUCUAAAUUUUUCCACGUCUUAUUUUAAAUAGGUUCCUUCUCUGUCUGUGUCUUUUUGCCAUACCCUUUAACUGACACAUCUAAAGCUCUUAUUUCUCUUGAAUUCGCUGAUUCUAUUGAAAUGUUUAGUUAAGUUUCCAAUAACGGCAAUAUGUACACUGUUCUAUGUCAGUUUACUUGUUUGUUUAAUUUAAUUUCUUUAAUUAUAGGCAUAUGUUUGUGUUUUGAAAAGUGCCUGCUUGGUAAGCUUGUUAUGUAUAGUAUUAAUAAUUGAUUAAAAGCAUUAUAAAAUAAUGUUCAUUAAUAAAAAAUUAACAUAUUUCUGUUUUUGAACUUAUCACAAAUUGUUAGUACAAUUUUGAUUGAUCUAGAUACAAAACUGUCUCAACACUCAUUGAAGUGAUUUAAUAUCCUUUACAAUUACUGGAACUCUAAACAUUUUAGUCAUAUGUCUUGUAAUAUACCUGUUGGACAAAUAUAAACACCACAGAUGUGUAUAUGUUUGGAAAUGGAUUCAUGUUGGGUCUUGUGAUAUUUGAUGCGUUUUUAUGUAUUAUUAUUAUUUGUACCAUAGUUCCUUGCUCUUAUGCAAACUGUAUAUUUGUAUCAAAGCCUGUGUAUAAAUAAACAUUACAGUCAUUGCCA